CUGUAAUACCAGCAUUUGGUAAAAAUGCAGGAGGAUCAGGAGUUCAAGGCAAUCUUUGGCUACAGGGUGAGUUGAAUACCAAACUGGGCUAUAUGAGACCUUAAAAACAUCUUAAGGGGCAGAGUUGACUUUCAAAGAGAGUAAAUGAUAUAGAGAGGGAAUAGAAUCAGAAGUGGAAAAAUUAUUUUCACUGCCAGCCUCAGUGAGGCCCAGAACUGGUUGCACAGCUUCACUUUAAUACAUGAUUCUUUCCCUUUGAAAACACUGCCCCAAGGUAGCUCUAAAUAGAAUACAGGUUGAUUUGAAUAAAUACUGCCCUAAAUCUUUGCUGAGGACCUGAGGGUAUAAUUGAAUAAAUACUAUCUUGUGUUUCUGUGGAGCUAAGAGUUAUAGUUCAGUGGUAGGACACUUGUCAGUCAUUGGCAAAGUUCUGAGUUGAGCCCAAGGACUGCAAAGUAAAUAAAAAUAAAUAUGCUGUAUAUUGGAUUCUCACCCAAGUAACAUACAUAUAUAUAUGUGUGUGUGUGUGUGUGUGUGUGUGUGUUUAUAUUUUUUUUUCUUUCUAAGAGUAGUUAUGGAGAUAAAGAUGUCACAAAGUGGCCCAGCAAAAAUUUUUUUUAUAUUUUCACCAUGCUCUGUCCUCUAAAGAUUGCAAUUAAUAGUAUUUAAGCUACCUAGUGGCAGAGAGUGCCCUGUAUUAAUCAUGCAGUUUUAAUUCUUAGGUUGAAUAGAUGUAACUCUUCCAUUAAGAUGUCAUGUGCUAUGGCAGAAUGGUACACUAAUGGUAACCCAACACUUGAGAGGCCCAGGUAUAAGGAUCAGUUCAAUGUCAACUUGGGCUGUGUAAUAAGAUACUGUCUUAAAGCAUUGGUGGGAUGCAUGGUCCUUAUUUAUAUGUUCCAUAGUAAAGCAUUACAUUUGUAUAAAUGAACUACUUAAGGAGACCAAAAGAAGUAAGUAGAUUAUCUAAAGAGUGGCCUGUAAUCCUAGCUACUAUGGAGAUUGAGUCAGCUAGACUGUGAGAUCAAAACUAGCUUGUGCUACAUAUCAAGACGUCCAUCCCAAAAGGGAGAAAGUGGGCUGUCCUGUAGUAAAAUCAAAAGAGAGAGCUCUUGCUAUGUUGUGGGGACAUUAUAAUUUUUUAUAGCACAUCAAUGUUCUUAAUGAUUUAAUGAAUAGAUAAUGCAGUAGUAGAGACCACAAACCUCAGUCUUGUUGGCCACUGUUUAGCAAAGUCAACAUUUGUGUUCUUUUAACAGCUAAAGCAAUAUAUGGUUCAUUCAGGCAAAGUCAGAAAAUAAAUACCAAAAAUGAGUAGUAACUAAAGCAAGACCUCCCCCACACACACAUACACACAAUCCUAUUUGGUUCAAAAUAACUACUUUAAACUCUGGUUUUGUCUCUGUGUUUUACUUUUGGGUGCUUACAUAGAGGUUUUUAAUGAGAUGACAGUAUACACAGUUCUGAGGGUAUUUUUUGCUUAUAAUUGUAAUCAUGCUUGUCAGUCAGUUCUUCAUUCUUGACUUUUCUGGAAUCCAGGUUUAUAACUUUUAAAAUAAGUGGGUUGGUUAGGUCACUCUGUAAAAGCACCCAGUUGUCAAGCCUAAUGAGCUGAAUUUGAGCCUCAUGAUCCAAAUGGUGGAAGAAGAGAAUCUUCAAGUUGUCUUCUGACCUCCACACACGUGCCAUGCAUGUGCCUGUGUACAAGCAGAUACACACUAAAUAAAUAAAUGAGUAAAUGUGAUUUUAAGAACGGAGUUAUGGCUAGAUGUGGAUAUGAUGGUGCAUGCCUUUACUCUCAGCACUCAGAAGACAGAGACAGUAAAUCUGUGAGUUUGAGGCCAGCUGGGAAUACAUAGUGAGAUCCUGUCUAGAACAAACAAAACUAAUUAUGAAGCUCUGUGAAAGAAAAAAAGGUUUUAAAAUAUAACACUAUAAAACUUUAUUAUCAAGAAACACAGUUUAUUUUCAUAUUCAUCCUUUUUGUCAAGAAAUAUCUUCACAUAUUUUAUAUAGAAGCCUUUGCCAGACUAGACUAGUAAAUUAGUAAUUUUUAAAAUGCUUUCAUCCUGUCUUUAAGAAUAGUAAUAUAUGAGGUAGAGACAGUAAAAGCACUAUUCUGAAAGACCUGCCUUCAAUUGCCAGCAUCCACAUGGCCUAUAACUCCAGUUCCAAGGGGUUCUAAUACCCUCUUCUGGUCUCCUUGGCACUGUACAUAUGUGGUGCAUAGACAUAUUGGGAGAAGUUGGCCAAGUUGCCUCCUGAUUCUCCUGCCUCCUGAUCUUUCCAGGAGAAGCGAAGCAAGAAACCAGGGAACUGGAGGCAACCAAGCACUUGAAUGCAAUAUGCAUGACAAGACUCAUUUUUAUUAUCACAGUUCCUUUGAUAACAGGAGCUUACAGUUAAGCAGAGAAUCCUGCUUCACAGCCCUGUAUGUUCAAGAUAAUAUAAAGUACAACAUCAUUUAUCUUCUGAAAAACAUCUGAGAUAUAGGAACAUCAUUUAUCCUAACUAUCCUCUAGAAAUUGAGGAAGGCAAUUGUUGGCAUUCCAGAUUCCCUUCUUGAAAAAUACCAACAUUGGAUGUUCCUAUGCCUGUGUCAUAAAUUCAUUAUAUCCCUAUAUAAUCUUGUCAAACCGAAAUACAUACAUUCAGCCUAAACACCCAUGCACAUAAAAAUAAAUCUCUCUUUUUUUAAAGAAUAGUAAUAUUAAUUGUUAGAAUCAGUAUUUGUUACUACCACAGAAUUGUUUAGAAAUGUUAAACUGUAAUUCUUUGAUAGUCUCUCUUAGCCUUUUUUAUGUAUUCCAGGCUGACCUUGAACUUGUCCACCUGCUCCCUUGACCUCAAAGUGCUGAGAUUACAGAUACCCUAUUUUAGUCUUAUGAAGAUUUUAACAUCUGCCUCCCCAAAUAUGCAUAGUAUAUCACAGUUUCAUCAAAGGACACCAGCAAGGUGCUGUUGUAGUCAAACUCAGAGUGGUGAGAAAUACAGUGAUCCUUUUAAACUUGGCUGGAGAGACUUGAAAGGUCUGUAUGAAGACAUUAGAAAGGAGCUGCACAUCUCCACCAGAGAACUGAAGGACAUGUCUGAAUACUACUUUGAUGGCAAAGGAAAAGCCUUUAGACCGAUUAUUGUGGUGCUAAUGGCCCGAGCGUGUAAUAUUCAUCAUAAUAACUCCCGAGAUAUGCAAGCCAGCCAGCGCUCCAUAGCCUUAGUUGCAGAAAUGAUCCACACUGCUACUCUGGUUCAUGAUGACGUUAUUGAUGAUGCAAGUUCUCGAAGAGGAAAACAUACAGUUAAUAAAAUCUGGGGUGAGAAAAAGGCUGUUCUUGCUGGAGAUUUGAUUCUUUCUGCAGCAUCUAUAGCUCUGGCACGGAUUGGAAACACAGCUGUUGUAUCUAUGUUAGCCCAAGUUAUUGAAGAUUUAGUGCGUGGUGAAUUUCUUCAGCUAGGGUCGAAAGAAAAUGAGAAUGAAAGGUUUGCCCACUACCUUGAGAAGACCUUCAAGAAGACUGCCAGUCUGAUAGCCAACAGUUGUAAAGCAGUCUCUGUCCUAGGUUGCCCUGACCCAGUAGUACAUGAAAUUGCCUAUCAAUAUGGGAAAAAUCUUGGAAUAGCUUUUCAGCUCAUAGAUGAUGUAUUGGAUUUCACCUCAUGCUCUGACCAGAUGGGCAAGCCAACAUCUGCAGACCUGAAGCUAGGCAUAGCCACCGGCCCUGUCUUGUUUGCUUGCCAGCAGUUCCCAGAAAUGAAUGCUAUGAUAAUGAGACGGUUCAGUUUGCCAGGAGAUGUGGACAGAGCACGACAGUACGUAUUACAGAGUGAUGGCGUGCAGCAAACAACCUACCUCGCCCAGCAGUACUGCCACAAAGCAGUGAGAGAGAUCAGGAAGCUUAGACCAUCUACAGAAAGGGACGCCCUUAUUCAGCUUUCAGAAAGUGUGCUCACCAGAGAUAAAUGACAGUUCUUUCUGUUCUUUCUGGCAGCUAUUUUACCAGACUGUGCCUAAUGAAUUUUGUGAAACACUAUUUGCUUCAUGUGCAGAAAACCAAAAAUCAUUUUAAAAAAUAAUUUCAACCUUAUUGAUGGGCAAUUUUUUUAUUGGCAAAGUUUUUCAGAAAACUUUUUAAAUGUAAUUAAACCAGUGUCAUUAUAGUCCUACAAAUUCUAAUCGAGGUAUCCUGAUGGUUAUAUGUGGUAUUGUUUACACUGUUAAUGCCCACAUGUAAAGCCAUUACACAAAUAAAUAAUCAACGUUAAAAUUCAAA